AUGGGAUGUCAACUUCCGGAAAAAAAGGCAUACGACAGGUCCGGGUUCACUAGAAAAUAUUACAAAUAUUUUAUUAUUGCUGGGUGCUGAUCUUCCAGUGGAACCAUGGAUGAGAUUCAGGCUGACCCAUCUUCGACAGAGCUUGUGGAUGGACAGAACGAACAUUCUCAUGUUGACGUAGCAAACACUGACAUAGACGAUGUUUAUCAACACAAUGAGCACAUGCAGAUUAAAACUCCGGACCACGUUGUGUAUGUUAAUGAGAAUCACAGCAUCGUCGACACACUGCAUGGUGAGGCAGCUGAUGUUGAUAAACACUGUGAGGAUAACGAUGUGGACGACUCUGAUGCUGUUGUCACAGAAGUGAGCAUAACUCAGAGCAGUGUAGAGGAUCUCAGUGCUGUAACGACGUCCCACAUGAUGUCUCAAAUCCACGAACAGCACACAUACACUAUUGCUCCUUCCACGAACGAAAGCCUGGAUGAAGGGGAGACAAUCACAAUCAGUCUGGAAGAAGCGACGGAGAUCAUUCUUCAGCAGCAGGGACUUCAGGGAGCCGUUCAGAUCGCCCCAGGGACGUACCAGAUUCUUACUCAACAAGCCAGUCACGAUGGGGAGAACGCAGCAAUGGAUUGUGGGAUUCCACUGCAUGUUGAUGCUGAUCUGGAGAGUUAUGACGCGGACGCUGGUGGCGAGGUGAACCACGUUGGUAACCAUGGUGAUGUGUAUGAGCCACAGAGUCCGGGAGUGGGUAAACACGAACAGGGUUUGUCGGAUCAGUCUCCUGGAGAAGUAGAACACAAUGACGUGCAAGAAUGUGAUGGAGGUGAAGAGAACGGCAAGUCUUUAGAUGAAGGUAUUCAAGGUCAAGGUCAGACUGGUGUGACUUCAGCAGAUGGGGAUGGUAACAAGGACCAACAGGCCGAUGAUAACAAUGAUCAACAGAUACUGCAGAUAGAAGGCUCACAGACAAAACAAGAUAUUGACACAACAGAGAAGACUUCAGCACCACCAAAAGAGAGGAAACCCGAUUUGAGUAGUCCCAUUACAGUCGGUGAUCGCACAGAGAUUAUAAUCAAUGGCAAGAAGUGUGUGUUGAUGUUAAACCCGGAGACCAACGAGAUGUGUGCCUACCCUCUGCUACCACCUGAAGGUAAACGAAAAAGAGGUCGCCCUAAAAAACAACCAUCAGAUCCUAGCACACAAGAGCAGCAAAAAGUGAAACCUAUUGGUUCCCAGUUACCCAAGGGAGGUAAGCGCUGUGACCACACGACAAGCAGUGCUGCGGAGGGUCUCUUGGAGCUGUCCAACACAGGUCCUGAUGGUGUGAGGCGAAGUGGGCGAAUGCGUAUGAAGAAUAAGGUGUUAGAAGAUUAUGAUGUGCUUGUUCCGUCUGACGGGGAACCGGAUAACAGUCCGGAUGAAGAUAACCCGGAUCUCGACCCAGAUGUGACACUUUCCGGGAUCAAACGUAGAAAGGUUGUCAAGGAAACUACAUUUUCACCUUUUGGCAUUGGAGUGGUGAAGCGAGGGCGGGGUCGUCCGCGUCGUUACCCACCUCCUAUCCAAACCACGACAACAUCGAUUCCCGCCGUCAUCAUUCCCACUGCAAAUGGACAGACAUUGAUGAUGGCAAACAUACAGGGGCUGCAGAGUUUACAAGCUUUCCAACAGCAGGUGAAAUCUCUGCCUCACAUUGUGCCAAAAGUUCCCGAGGUGAUUGACGUGAAACCCAACAUCUCAGAUCUGAUUCCUGAAAACCCUCCACUCACAAUCGAUACAGCCAACAGCUCUAUUUUGGACAACAGCAGUAUGUUGGUACCGGCCAGUCUGCAGAGUGACGUCGUUGACACUGAUGUGGAUGCUGCAGAGGCUGUCGAAGCUCUGGAGAAGGCUGAAGGUGGCUGUGAAGAUGUAGAGGAACUGUCGAACCAGGCGACCAUCAUCCAGAUCCCAGAGAACAUGCUGUCCAUGUUAACCAAGAAGGACCCUGUCAAAAUAGGAAUCAAGGCAUCGGAGGGUGACCUGGAGCGUUUGAAGUGUGCACAGUGUGGUUACCAGGCGUGUUUUCCCCACCAGUACCAGGAGCACCUGGCUACCCACAUGGACCAAGUGAUCAAGUGCAAGUGCUGCACGUUCCUCAGCUUCGAGAAACAAGAAAUUGACGAACACUUCAAGGAAUCUCACCCUCGCUGCUACUGUGAUGUGUGCGGCUUCCAGGCAGAACACAGCUACGUGAUGAAGAGACACAUGAUGAGACACAGUGUGGUCGGCUGUACCUGCGAGAUGUGUGGACGAGUUUACAAGGACCAGUACAUACUGAAGAUGCACAUCAAGAUGGUUCACAUGCCGGCAGAAAUCCUGUUUGAGUGCACCAUCUGCUCCAAGAAAUUCACACGCAAAGCUCAUCUGAAACGUCACUUACGAAUUCAUGAACCAGAAAAACCUUUCAAGUGUCCUCAUUGUGAAUACAGAGGUUGUGAGCGAUCGGAUAUAUCGAAACAUCUCUUAAUCCACGCAGAACCAAAGCAUUCGUGUGAGGUGUGUGGAAAGCAGUUCCGUCACAUAAAGAAUAAAGAACUGCACGUUAAAAGACACAAUGGUCAGAAGGACUACAAGUGUGGAGUGUGCGGUUUCUUCGGCUACACGUUCACCGACAUCAGGAAGCACAUCGAGCGCAAGCACGCGGACCUCAAGAGCUUGGUGUGUGAGAAGUGUGGGUCGGCCUUCAAGUCAGAAGUACUUCUACAGGAGCACCAGAAGCAGACAUGUGAGCUGCUGAUGAUAGAACAGGCUCUAGCGAUCGCCACAUCGACGGGCCGCAUCACUCAGGCCACCAUCCAGAUCCCGUCCGAGCUGACCUUGCAGGAACCACAGCAGAUUGAGGUGGAUGGACAACAGGUGGACAUCACUGUGGAACAGGUCGACAAUCUCGAAGUGGAUGAAUCUAUGACUCUGGGGGAAGAUGAAAUCAUUGCUGGGGAGCACAUGGAAGAUGUGGAGUUGGUGACGCAGUCUUCCCAGGUGCACAUGGAUGGCAGUACGCUGGUCGAGGAGAUCCAGGUGAUUCCCCAGGAUGAGCUGGUGGGCCGGUCAGUCCAGGCAGAAACCAUGAUGACCGCAAUGAGCUGAAAGUGACUGUUGGGUACAGCACGCCCCAUGUGAUAUUACAGCGAUGGCUGAUGGUUGAUCUCACAAAACAACACACAGACAGCAAGCCGAGAAUACUGCAGAAUGUAAAGCUGUACAAGAUAACUACCAUACUACAGAAUAUAAUUAUUGUUGGUAACACCUGUACAAGCUGACAAACAUACUGCAGAAUAUAAUUAUUGUUGGUAACACCUGUACAAGCUGACAAACAUACUGCAGAAUAUAAUUAUUGUUGGUAACAUCUGUACAAGCUGACAAACAUACUGCAGAAUUUAAUUAUUGUUGGUAACAUCUGUACAAGCUGACAAUCAUACUGCAGAAUAUAAUUAUUGUUGGUAACAUUUGUACAAGCUGACUACCAUACUACAGAAUUUAAUUAGUAUUUGUAACAUCUGUACAAGCUGACUACCAUACUGCAGAAUUUAAUUAGUAUUUGUAACAUCUGUACAAGCUGACUACCAUACUGCAGAAUAUAAUUAUUGUUGGUAACAUCUGUACAAGCUGACUACCAUAUUGCAGAAUUUAAUUAGUAUUUGUAACAUCUGUACAAGCUGACUACCAUACUACAGAAUAUAAUUACUGUUGCUAACUUCUGUACAAGCUGACUACCAUACUACAGAAUAUAAUUAUUGUUUGUAACACCUGUACAAGUUGGUAACACCUAUACAAGCUGACUACCAUACUGCAUAAUUGCAUUAUUGUUGGUAACAUCUGUACAAGAUAACUACCAUACUGCAGAAUAUAAUUAUAUUUGGUAACAUCUGUACAAGCUGUGUACUGCAGUAGAAUAUAGUUGUUUGCAACAUCUGUACAAGCUGUGUACUGCAGUAGAAUAUAGUUGUUUGCAACAUCUGUACAAGCUGUGUACUGCAGUAGAAUAUGUUGUAACAUCUGUACAAGCUGUGUACUGCAGUAGAAUAUUGUUGUUUGAAACAUCUGUACAAGCUGUGUACUGCAGUAGAAUAUGUUGUGUGUAACAUCUGUACAAGCUGUGUACUGCAGUAGAAUAUAGUUGUUUGUAACGUCUGUACAAGCUGUGUACUGCAGUAGAAUAUAGUUGUUUGCAACAUCUGUACAAGCUGUGUACUGCAGUAGAAUAUGUUGUGUGUAACAUCUGUACAAGCUGUGUACUGCAGUAGAAUAUAGUUGUUUGUAACAUCUGUACAAGCUGUGUACUGCAGUAGAAUAUAGUUGUUUGUAACAUCUGUACAAGCUGUGUACUGCAGUAGAAUAUAGUUGUUUGUAACAUCUGUACAAGCUGUGUACUGCAGUAGAAUAUGUUGUGUGUAACAUCUGUACAAGCUGUGUACUGCAGUAGAAUAUAGUUGUUUGUAACAUCUGUACAAGCUGUGUACUGCAGUAGAAUAUUGUUGUUUGUAACAUCUGUACAAGCUGUGUACUGCAGUAGAAUAUGUUGUGUGUAACAUCUGUACAAGCUGUGUACUGCAGUAGAAUAUGUUGUGUGUAACAUCUGUACAAGCUGUGUACUGCAGUAGAAUAUAGUUGUUUGCAACAUCUGUACAAGCUGUGUACUGCAGUAGAAUAUAGUUGUUUUUAACACUUCUAUACAAGUUGACUAUGGCCGAAUGAAAUCUGAAGACCCAAGAGAAGUCAGUGAUGUUAAGACUUGCUCAGUACACCGUUGUAGAGUGAAGUGGUUGGUGCUAACACAUCUUGUUUAACAAGAUGUCUCCUGUAAAACUAACAAUUUGCAAGUUUACUCUAGGAUGAAACAUUAGAUUUUUUACAAAUUCUACGAUUGUUUAAACUGUUGUUAAUUUAUUUAACAUGUGUAGCCUAGCUAAGUGGCCAAUUUGUUUGAUUUCAUUUAUAUGAAGACUAUUUUCACAACACAAUGUACGGCAAUUUCGAUAUUUGGUAAUUAACAGUGAAGGAAUGCUACUGUUAGUAUAAUCUGAAGGACAAACCAGUAAUACUUGAUCAGGGCCGUAUCUCUGUAUAACUAAUCAAAUCCAUCAAAUCGUUAUCUAUGUCACAGAACAGGAUUUUAAAACUAGUUUGUGUGAUAUUUGCUAUGUCAUGUUGCAGCAAAACCAUGCUCCCAUUUAUAGCCACUAUCGCCCACCUACGUACAUAUAUAUUACAGAUUUAUGUAGCAUUUUGGAAUGAACUCUUCCUAUAAUCAGAGAUGAAAUUCCUCCUGAUAAUGCUGAAACCUUUCAGAAUUACUUGUACAGUUUUUGUCCUUGUUCUUUUAUUUGACGAAAAGUUCACAGGAAGUGAGAAACCAUCUCCUACAAAUACUUUUUUAAAAUCUCCAAAGAAUUCAAGAUAUUUUCAAUGUCAUUUUUAUCUUAAUAGUUGACUGGGGGGGGGGG